AUGUCUGAUGAUGGAGACGAAAAUACUACUAAUGAUGAAGAUCGUACCGUCAGUUUUUUAAAUAUCGGCGUUAAAAAUAAACCCACUUCACCGAGAAGUGAUUUGGAUGCACUUCAGGGUAGGACAGAAUUUAACGGUGACAUGUUGCUCAAAGGAAAAGUUAUUGCGAAAAGUAAAAAAAGGGAACUCCAGGGUCUCGAUCGCAGGAAUUUCAUUCUUCAUCAGCGCUUCGUUCGCAGGGAUUUUAAUGCAUGCAAGGCUUUAGUAAAGGAGAUGGCAGACGAAUACAGCGAAAUGUGCGAGUAUCCGUUUUGCAUCAGAGGUAAAAUAGCUCGAAUGGAGGGUAAUUUUCGUGAAGCUUUAAUAUGGUUUGAGAAGGCGCAGUUGGUGAAUCCCUUAAGUGCUGUUUACAUGCGUGAAAUUGGUCGUCUAUAUUUCUUACUUGGAAGCCAUAUUAAAGCAUCAGAAGUUUUUCUGGACUCAAUCAAGCUAAAUAGAAAGGAUUGGAAAUCAUACUAUUUGCGAGCAAUGGCACUUUAUCACAUCAAACAAGAUUCUGAAUCUACAUUCAAAGCACAAGAAUGUUUACUAAUGGCCCCAACAACUGCGCGGCAUGUUGAAAUUUUGACAUUUUUAGCAAGAUUAUGUGAGCAACGUAAUGAUAUCAAAGUUGCAAUUGAAGCGCAAAAGAAAGCAUUGGAAUUGGAACCAGCGAAUCUUGAUCUUCUUACAAACAUGGGGCUGCUUUAUGCGAGAUGCCAGAAUGAUGACCAAGCAUUUGAUGUCUUUGGUAAAGCUCUUAGCUAUGAUCCAACACAUCCACAAAGUAUUCUAGCUGCUGGUUCUAUCAUACAAACGAAUGGUGAGCAUGAGGUCGCUCUAACGAAGUACAAAAUAGCUGCAAACAACUGCGAAUACAACGGACCGUUGUGGAAUAAUAUCGGCAUGUGUUUUUUUGGUAAAGGGAAGUGUGUUGCAGCAAUAAGCUGUCUGAGGAAGGCUAAUUAUUUAUGCCCGCUUGAAUGGAAAAUUUGCUACAAUCUUGGCAUUGUUUAUAAUGCUGUACAGCAGUACGCAUCCGCUUAUCAUUUUUUAUCAUCGGCCGUCAAUUUAAAUACCCGUUCGACAAUGCCUUACAUGGCGCUAGCAGUAGUACUAACGAACCUUGAUGAUAGCACGAAUGCGAACAAAGCUUACGAUAGAGCACUUCAACUUGACAAGAACAACAGCGCUCAAAUACGCUUAAAUUACGCCAUAUUUAAAGCGAAGCAAAAAGAAUUGAAGAAAUCAGUCGAACUGCUGCAAGCAUUCUAUAAAGCAAUCACUAACAAGCGAAUGUUAUCACAAGAAAUGAUGUUUGCCGCAGAUAAUCUGAAACGAUAUUUGGGUCAAACAGAUAAGUGCGAUGAAUUUACAAGCUGCUACACAUAA